UCGAGAGCGGCGCGUUGUAUCGCGAGAUCGGAUAUUCUUUGUUAUUUUUAAUCAAUUAUAGGCAUAAAUCACGACAUAUCUCCUAUUAAAUGAUUCUGCAAGGAAAAAACUAUUAGUUUUAAUAACUUGCAUCAUGGAAGUCACUCGCAAAAAUUUCAAGGAGUCCUUGCCUCUUGUGAGUGAGUCUAUAAAGAGAGCGGACUUUCUAGUGAUAGACGCGGAGUUUACGGGGUUAAUACACGGGCCGGACGUCAGUAUGUUUGAUUCUCCGGGGGAGUAUUACUUACGGACUAUGGCGGGUUGUAAGGAUUUUUUGUUGAUCCAGUACGGGCUGUGUGCGUUCUACUGGGACGAGGAUGCGAAGCAGUACAUGAACGACGCGUAUAAUUUCUAUCUGUUCCCGCGCGGGCGGCCCGGGCCGGAGCGGAUGUUUCUCUGCCAAAGCUCGAGUUUGGAUUUUCUGUCAGCCCAGGGGUUUGAUUUCAACAAGCUAAUACGAGACGGCAUCCCUUACAUGACCGAGCCAACUGAGACCCGUCUAAGAGAAAUGCUCACGGAGAGGCAGAAGUUGUAUGCCAAUGAGAAUAAUAUCAUUCCGGUGCCGGACGAGAACAAACAGCAGAUUGAGGAUAUUUGUAAAAAAGUGCGUCAGUUCCUCGACGAGCAGAAAUCCGAAGAGAUGGAGAUAGAUCGCUGCAACGCGUUCAUCAGGCGGCUGUGUUUCCAGGAACUUGGCUCGCGUUUCAAGGGGGAGGCGUACGUGGAAACCAAAGUACUGGAGAACAAAAACAGAGUUCUGAAAGUGACACGGGUAACGCCAGAGAACGCGGCACAGGAUCGGGAAGCCAUGAAAAAGGACAAAGAAUGGGAGGAGUUUGAGGAGGCAGUUGGGUUCUCGAAGGUGGCGCGGAUGAUCAGUCAGUCGGAGAAGCUGGUGGUCGGACAUAACAUGUUGUUAGAUGUGCUCCACACGCUCAACCAUUUCUUCCAACCGCUGCCACCAGACUACGCGACCUUCAAAGAAUUUGCACACUGCAUGUUCCCUAGCCUACUAGACACGAAAUACAUGUCCAGUUUGCCACCCUUCAAGGACAAAGUGAAUUCCAGCGUACUGCAGCAUUUACUGGCCACCCUAUCAGAACCGCCUUUCGGCCUGCCCACAGUCGGAUCGUCAUCAGGCCGCGGCUACACCCUCUCCGACGACAAAUCACACGAAGCCGGCUACGACGCCUUCGUGACCGGCCUGUGCUUCCUCGCGAUGCGGUCGCACGUGUCUCGCAUGCGGGGAGAGAGCGAGAGGUCCGAGCCCAGCGCGGCGGUGCUCAGGCCGUUCCUUAAUAAGCUGUUCCUUACGAAGACUGCGUACCAGGAUUCACCGUAUAUGAAUAUUGAUGGACCUGAUCCUACACCGUCCAGAGACCACGUGUUCCACCUCACGUUCCCCGGGGAGUGGCAGAGGAACGACAUCAAUCAGCUGUUCAGUCCUUUCGGUUCCAUAGUGGUACAGUUCAUAGACGACACGUCUGCUUUCGUGGCGCUCUCGCGACGCGAGCAAGCGAGGGACGUGAUGCGAACGCUCGCGAAACAUUCCCGGACCACGCUCGUGCCGUACGCCAAGUUCAAACACAUGGUAAAUAUUAUAGUGGUACAGUUCAUAGACGACACGUCUGCUUUCGUGGCGCUCUCGCGACGCGAGCAAGCGAGGGACGUGAUGCGAACGCUCGCGAAACAUUCCCGGACCACGCUCGUGCCGUACGCCAAGUUCAAACACAUGGCUACUCAAGACAGCAGACACUGGCGCAAGGAGGAGUACACAACUCCUGACACCCCCAGACCACGGCAGGCCAUUAGCACAACAAGCGUCUCUCCUGCUCCUCCAAAGUCUCCCGUCAAGGAAAUUAAAGAACCAAUCAAAGAGCGCCCGCGCAGCAACAGCCUGACGUCACCACCGCCCAACAGGAAGAGGACCAGCUCCGGUGUGUUCCAGGUUGACGAAACGGAGCCGCCGCCGAAGAAGCCCGAGCCCUCCCGAAAGAGGCCUGAAGUCAACGGCAAGAAGGACUCUAGUGAACCUAAGAAGGGAAAGCAAGAAAAGGACAACGAAAAGGCAAAGAAGCCAGAAAAGAAAGUGAUAGAACGAUUCGAUGAAGAGGCUAAGACGGAAUGCGUGUCUGCGUUCAAAGAGAGCGAUAGUUGGGAUUAAGAAUAAAUGUUUAAAUGUCUGUA